UUAUAUUCGUGUCAUGUGUCAUUAGCGCCUCCAAAUUCAUAUCAUUCCUGCGUUUAUCUCAACUCAGAGCUUCGUCCCGGAAAAUCUGGCUAGGGUUUUUGCACUGGAUUUGUCCCUCUUCGUCUUGUUCAUAUUUUCCCUUUUCUCGCGUACUUCUCUGGGAGGAUAUGGGUCAAUUCUUUCAUCUUCAAUCCAUGAAAAGAAAUGAAAUCAAGGAAAUAAAAUGGAGAAGCGUAGAAUUUAAUCCAAUCCCUAACGCCAACCGUGUCAAUUUGAAGCUAACUGUAAUCUAAGAUUGUGGGCACCAUUUUUUGAGCUUUAAGCUUUUUGAUUAUGCAAAUGGCAUUAUUCAGAGCAAGGGCAUUCUUACGUAAAGGCUUUUCAACAUUUGCUUCUCCUCCUACUCACAUUUGCGUAGUUGGGAGUGGACCUGCUGGUUUUUACACUGCUGAGAAGCUGUUGAAGGCGCAUCCCGAUGCUCAAGUUGAUAUAAUUGAUCGUUUACCAACCCCUUUUGGUUUAGUGCGCUCUGGCGUGGCACCCGAUCACCCGGACACAAAGAUUGUGGUCAAUCAAUUUACUCGGGUUGCACAACAUCCAAGGUGUUCAUUCUUUGGUAAUAUCAAGCUUGGAUCUUCCAUUUCAUUAUUGGAUCUCCGUGAGCUGUACCAUGCGGUUGUGCUUGCAUAUGGAGCAGAAAGUGACAAAACUCUCAGCAUUCCUGGAGAAGAUUUGUCUGGCAUACACUCGGCCAGGGAAUUUGUUUGGUGGUACAAUGGACACCCAGAUUGCAGAAAUCUAAAUCCUGAUGUGAAGGCUACUGAUACCGCUGUAAUCCUUGGCCAGGGAAAUGUAGCUCUAGAUGUUGCACGCAUCCUUUUACGACCAAUACCAGAAUUGGCAACUACAGAUAUUGCUAGUCAUGCAUUGGAGGUUUUGCAGGAGAGCUCUAUAAGGAAAGUGUUUUUGGUUGGAAGACGUGGACCAGUUCAAGCAGCUUGCACUGCUAAAGAACUACGUGAAGUUCUUGGUAUUAAGGACUUGCACAUUCGCAUACAUGAAUCUGAUUUGCUCAAGAGCCCAACAGAUGAGGAAGAGGUGAAAAACAGUCGAAUACAGAGGAGAGUUUAUGAGUUGCUUGCUAAGGCUGCUGCCUCUGGACCUCCCCAUUCUGGCACAGGUCUACGCGAACUGCAUUUUAUUUUCUUCCGGAAACCAGAGAAGUUUUUGAGUUUAGUAGACAAAAAAGACCAUGUUGCUGGUGUUCGCUUUGAAAAGACAGUUCUUGAAGGUACUAGUUCUGGAAAGCAAAUAGCCAGAGGUACUGGGGAGUUUGAAGACCUUGACUGCCAGAUGGUGCUGAAGAGCAUAGGUUACAAAUCGGUGCCAAUUGAUGGUUUACCCUUCGAUCAUCAGAAAGGAAUAGUACCCAAUGUGAGAGGUCGAGUUGUAAGUAAUACUUAUGGCGACGCCGUACAACUUGAGAAAGGAUUGUAUGUAUGUGGGUGGUUGAAGAGAGGACCAACUGGAAUUAUUGCAACAAAUCUCUAUUGUGCUGAAGAAACAGUCACGAGCAUAUGUGAAGACCUCGAUAAAAGAGCAUCGGGGUCCUUGUCUAGCUUAUCGAAACCCGGGAGAGAAGGUCUCCUCCACAAACUAGACGAUCGAAAUGUAAGAGUUGUGCCGUUUAGCGCCUGGGAAAGGAUAGACUCUACAGAAAAGAGGCUUGGGAAUCUGAAGAACAAACCAAGAGAAAAGUUAACCACUUGGGAGGAGCUACUGAAGGUGGCCAUGGAAUGAGUAAAUUAUGAAGACUCUUUCUCAUGAACACUCCUUAGAGGAUGAAACCAUUUUCUUGCAAGAGGUUCCAGAGAAAGCCCCGGGGCGCCCUUCCUAGCUGCUCCGCUUCGUUAUUUCACUUCUACUUUAGGGACAACCUACGAGACCCCGAAGUAUCGAGCCAUUUCCAUUCUGAUCAUGCUUUCAUCUCCUAAUAUUCAAGACUGUAAUGGGCAGUCGACUCUACUCGGAGUGUCAGUUUUUUGCCUGGUAUGUAGAUGGAAUCGACUUCCAAUCGAACAGUUAGUCAAUAAAAUAGGCUAAACAUUCUUUUUGUGGUGCAAGAAACACCACAUAUGAAGUUAUGAACAAAAUUAUGCGUUGACAUAUUGUAAAAUUUUCACUUGAUUUCUGCAAGGCUUUUGAAGGAAUUUUUUUUA